AUGCGCCGAUCUGUUGACGUAUUAGAACAUUUAGGAGGCCAGGGCCUGUCCCCAUAUUAUUGUCUCCUCGAUGGAGGAAGAAAAGGUUGGUUCAUUCGUGAAAUCAAAGAUUUCUUCUACUACGCUCAAAUUUUGCAACAAGGCGAAAACACAGUGCAGACCAGAAUAGUGUCUGAAAAAAUGGCCACCAAGCAAAUACCAAAUCUCAUGCGUGCCAUCGGAUUUUAUCCCACUAACGAAGACAUAGAAAUUCUUAUGAAUGAGAUCUCUUAUAGAAACUACGCAGAGACUGGGGAAAUGAUCGAAGAAAUAACAUUCGAAGAGUUUGUUAAAUUUUAUAUAAACCAUCGACCAGCUUUUGGUAUUUCUUUACGCCAGCUGAAGGAAGCUUUCCAGGACUUCGUGAAUCCCAGCAGAAUUCCGUUUCUACAAACAGAAAAUCCGGUAUUGACGCGCAAUCAGUUUCAAAAUGUUCUGUUUGGAAAAGGUCCUGUCGAGGAGCCACAACCGAGGAGCAAGGACUUCGGGGAACCAUUAAUUCAACAAGAGGCGUAUACGUACCUGAAACUGCUAAUCGGCUGUGUUAACGAUGCAAAUGAUAUGCAUGGUCAGAAUAAAGAGAAACGAUCUGCAUCGCAGAAAUUAACAUUUUUACCAGAGGUAUACAGAAUUAAUUAACUCGACACUUCGUAUAAAUACAUAUUCCAACACUAAAUUAAAAAUACA